CCUCCGGGUGUCUCUUAUAUAACCUGGGCUCUCACAGGGCACUAGUAUUCGAGCCAGGUGAAAGUUUCCUAAGGACUACUCCUAUUGCUUGGCUGAUGUCACUGGGGCUCCACUUGCUGUGGUGCUGAGGCUGCUCAGAGUGGUGUGGUUUGGAGUCUCCCCUUUCCUCUCUGGGGUAUAUCUGGAAAAUUGCACAGAAUGGCUUCAGAAAAGGAUGAACUUGUCUUCUUCAUAAAUGGCAAGAAGGUAGUGGAGAAAGACGUGGAUCCAGAAACUACUUUGCUAACUUAUCUUCGAAGGAAAUUGGGCUUAUGUGGAACCAAACUGGGCUGUGGAGAAGGUGGAUGUGGUGCCUGCACUGUUAUGAUCUCCAAAUUUGACUGUUUCCAAAAGAAGAUCAUACACUAUUCUGCCAAUGCUUGCUUAUUCCCUAUAUGUGCCCUCCACCAUGUAGCAGUAACAACUGUUGAAGGCAUUGGAAGUACAAAGACAAGGCUGCACCCAGUACAGGAAAGAAUAGCAAAAAGUCAUGGAUCCCAGUGUGGCUUCUGCACACCAGGCAUUGUCAUGUCCAUGUACACACUCCUUCGCAAUCAAUCUGAGCCCAAAAUGGAUGAGAUUGAGGAUGCUUUCCAAGGAAAUCUCUGCCGCUGUACAGGAUACAGGCCCAUUCUGGAAGGGUACAGAACAUUUGCAAAGGAUUGGAAAUGCUGUGGGGGAAAAGUUAACGGUCUAGGUUGCUGCAUGGUUGGAAAGGAAAACAAUGCGGGUUGGGGAUGCCGUGAAAAAAAAAUCAAUGGCCCAGAUUGCUGCAUGAAUGCAAAAGACACAGCAAUGGCGUCUUCACCUCUUUUCAAUUGUGCUGAGUUCCAGCCUCUAGACCCGACGCAGGAGCCUAUAUUCCCACCAGAGUUGUUGAUUCACAAGAACAAACCUCAGAAGCAGCUAUGCUUCAAGGGUGAGCGGGUGACGUGGUUUCAGCCUUCAACUCUCAAGGAAUUGCUUACCCUAAAAGCUGAGUAUCCCAGUGCCAAGCUCGUGGUAGGGAAUACUGAAGUGGGUAUUGAAAUGAAGUUAAAGAACAUGCUGUACCCAGUAAUAAUAGCACCAAAUUGGAUCCCAGAAAUGAACUGUAUUCAGCACUCAGAGGAGGGAAUCAUAUUUGGCGCCUCCUGCAGUUUGAGCCAUGUGGAAGAGGUUCUACGCAAGGCUGUGGCCCAUCUUCCUCCUUACAAAACAGAGGUGUUCCAGGCUGUCCUAGAACAACUGAGAUGGUUUGCAGGCCCUCAAAUCCGAAAUGUUGCUGCUCUUGGGGGAAAUAUAAUGACUGCAAGUCCAAUAUCUGACCUAAAUCCUGUGUUUAUGGCAAGUGGGAGCAGGCUGACUUUGGUGUCAAAAGAGGGCAGCAGGACUGUCAGGAUGGAUGAAACAUUCUUUACUGGUUAUAGAAAGACUAUACUAAAGCCUGAAGAAAUACUGCUUUCAGUGGAAAUACUCUUCAGCAGGAAGGGGGAAUAUUUCUCAGCAUUCAAGCAGGCUUCUCGGCGAGAGGAUGAUAUUGCUAUAGUGACCUGUGGAAUGAGAGUCUUGUUCCAAGAGGGAACCAGCCGAGUCCAAGAGAUUAAGCUGAGCUAUGGAGGGAUGGCUCCCACAACUGUGCUGGCUACUAAAACCUGUCAAGAGCUCAUUGGCAGGGAGUGGAAAGAAAAGCUUUUGCAGGAAGCCUGCUGUGUGCUGGCAAAUGAGAUGAACCUGUCUCCUUCAGCUCCAGGUGGUAUGGUGGACUUCCGACGAACUCUCACACUCAGCUUCUUCUUUAAGUUUUAUCUCACUGUGCUUCAGAAAUUAAGUAUAGAACUCAAUGGUAAUAACAAUCUUGAUGAAGUGGUCUCACCUAGGUACACAAGUGCCACUGAGUUAUACCAGAAAGAUUCUGUUAACAAUGUGCAACUUUUCCAAGAAGUACCUCCGGGACAGUCCAUUGAAGAUAUGGUAGGACGACCCAUGGUGCAUCUUUCAGCAGCCAAACAGGCAAGCGGAGAAGCAGUCUAUUGUGAUGAUAUACCUCGCUAUGAGAAUGAACUCUACCUAACACUUGUUACCAGCACCAAAGCCCAUGCUAAAAUUAUUUCUGUUGAUACAACAGAGGCCCAGAAAGUGCCUGGCUUUGUAUGUUUUGUCUCUGCCAAGGAUGUUCCAGGAAGUAAUGUCAAUGGGAUGAAAAAUGAUGAAACUGUCUUUGCAGAAGACACUGUCACAUGUGUUGGCCACAUCAUUGGUGGGGUAUUGGCAGACACACAAGAACAUUCCCGGAGAGCUGCUAGAGUUGUCAAGAUCACAUAUGAAGAGCUUACACCAAUUGUCACCAUUCAGGAAGCCAUUGAGAAACAGUCUUUUUUUGACCUUAUAAGGAAGAUUGAAAAAGGAAAUAUUCAGAAAGGGUUUGAAGAAGCUGACCAUAUUGUAGAAGGGGAAAUUCACAUAGGUGGCCAGGAACAUUUUUAUUUGGAGACUCAAUGCACAAUUGCUGUGCCAAAAGGAGAAGAUGGAGAAAUGGAACUCUUUGUAUCUACCCAGAAUCCAGCAGUCACACAGGAAUUUACAGCCAAAGCAGUAGGGGUUCCAUCAAAUCGAAUUGUGGUUCGAGUAAAGAGAAUGGGAGGAGGAUUCGGAGGAAAAGAAACAAGAAGCACUGUUGUAUCAACUGCUGUUGCAGUGGCUGCAGUUAAAACUGGUUGUCCAGUACGGUGUAUGCUGGACCGAGAUGAAGAUAUGCUGAUAUCUGGUGGAAGACACCCCUUUUUGGGACAGUAUAAGAUUGGUUUCAAGAAAAAUGGAAGGAUUACAGGUCUGGAAGUUUCAUAUUAUAGCAAUGGAGGCAACUCAGUUGAUCUUUCUCAUGGUGUUAUGGACAGAGCUUUAUUUCACAUGGAUAAUACUUAUAAAAUCCCGAACAUCAAAGGUAUAGGCAAAGUGUGUAAAACAAACUUGUCUGCCAACACAGCAUUUCGUGGGUUUGGAGGCCCCCAGGGAAUGAUGGUUGCUGAGUGCUGGAUGAGUGACAUUGCCUUGAAGUGUGGGCUGCCAGCAGAAGAGGUGCGAAAGCUUAAUCUGUAUAAUGAAGGAGAUCUGACUCAUUUCAAUCAAAAGUUGGAAGGAUUCACCUUGCGAAGAUGCUGGGAAGAAUGCCUUAUAAAUUCAGAUUAUCACUCCAGAAGGAAACUCAUUGAUGAGUUCAACCAGCAGAAUCGCUGGAAGAAGAGAGGCAUGGCCAUUAUUCCAACCAAGUUCGGGAUCAGCUUCACAGUCCCCUUUCUUAAUCAGGCUGGUGCACUGGUGCAUGUAUAUACUGAUGGCUCAGUGUUGAUCUCACAUGGUGGGACUGAGAUGGGCCAGGGGCUGCACACAAAGAUGAUCCAGGUUGCCAGCAGAACUCUGGGGAUACCCACAUCUAAAAUCCAUAUCAGUGAGACGAGCACCAACACAGUGCCAAAUACUUCUCCCACAGCUGCAUCUGUCAGUGCUGAUAUCAAUGGGAUGGCUGUUUCAAAUGCUUGUCAGACCAUCCUAAAGAGACUGGAGCCAAUCAAAUGUGCAAAUCCAAUAGGAUCCUGGGAAGACUGGGUGUCAGCAGCUUACCAUGACUGUGUGAGUCUGUCUGCUACAGGAUUUUACAGAAUUCCUGACCUUGGGUAUGAUUUUGAGAAGAAUGAAGGAAAGGCCUUCCAUUAUUUCUCCUAUGGUGUAGCUUGCUCUGAGGUUGAGAUAGACUGCCUGACAGGUGAUCACAAGAAUUUCCGUACAUACAUUGUGAUGGAUGUUGGCACCAGCUUGAACCCUGCUAUCGACAUAGGGCAGAUAGAAGGAGCAUUUGUCCAAGGGCUUGGACUCUUUACUUUAGAGGAGCUGCGCUAUUCUCCAGAAGGCAAUCUGUACACCCGAGGGCCUGGGAUGUACAAAAUCCCUGCAUUUGGUGACAUUCCAACAGAGUUCCAUGUGUCUCUUCUCCGAGACUGUCCAAAUAGCAAAGCCAUUUAUUCAUCCAAGGCUGUGGGAGAGCCUCCCCUGUUCCUGUCAGCCUCUGUGUUUUAUGCCAUCAAAGAUGCAAUAUACUCUGCGAGGGCAGAAUCGGGACUCAACGAACCCUUCAGACUAGACAGCCCAGCCACCCCAGAGAGAAUACGCAAUGCAUGUGUUGAUGUCUUCACCAAACUGUGUCCCUCUGCUGAGCCAGGCACCUUUAAGCCAUGGUCUGUGAGAGUAUGAAUGAAGGAACCGUCUCCACUCAUGAAGCUGGUUUUACCUCAAGGGACCAAAAGACUCAACCCUCUUGUCUGAAAACUGAAAUGUGUGCCUUUGCCUGCCCCACUGAUUCAUGACAUUUUGUAAAAAAAUUGGCUGUUAAAUUAUCAGUUGCCUAAGAACAGGGUUAUCACUGAUGGAUUAUUGCUGGGAUGUAAAUUUAAUGAAGAGAAAAAAUGAUGGUUUUGCUGCCUGUGAAAUUGAAACUCCUUAUAAGAUUCAUUUAAGCUUGUGGCAGAAAUCAUAGAAAUGCUUGUAACCUGUUUGUGAAUCUGUUCUUUUUAAAAUAUGAGCCUUAAAUUCAAAGAAAGGCUAAUUUUGGCAGGCUUAGGUUCAACCCAUUUUUUUUCUGCUUUCCCCUUAAUAUUUGGAA